AUGGCCCAAUCAUGUGCAUCACCUCGCCGAACCCCGUCCCGGCCACCAUCUCGCCAGUCUACUCGCAUCAGAACCCCCGCCUGCUCGAACGCUAAUUCUCUUCAGACCAAUGAAGAUUCUCAGAGAAGAUCAGAAGUUCCACCAAGCCCUAACAAUUCUACUGGAAAAUCAAAAAGAAAGCCGAAGAGAAAGAAAAGUGGUACUACUGCCGAUAAGAAUUUGGACGAAGUCGAUGAUGUGAUAGAUCACAAACAGGACUCGGACAACAAUAACAUGAAGGUCAAGAAGUUGAGAGGGAAACCAAAAAGUUCGUUUGAUGAUGUUUUCGAUUACUUUGAACCCCCGUUCCAUGCAAAUGAAGGAGAUACCGCGAAAAAAAAUCUAUUAGCCUACUUACCCCAACCGACUAGCUCGAUGUCACCCCUUCCGCCAACUUCUGUCCAGGUGGGCGAUACCACCGUUACUGCCGGCGACCUGCUGGUGGGACAACAUCUGCGUCGCGUAAUACGACUACCUGAGCCCUCGCGUACCCGGGCAUGGAUUGCGACGAUGUUUGAAGCUGAUCCGGAUGGCGAGAUCGAGCAGGUGGCACUCUGGGGCAUGUAUCGCAUGCAGUUCGAACCCCAUCACGUGGAGGAUGCCGUGGCCCCUAUUCCACCUUUGGCUGUUGCCACCGACGUGAUCACCGUCAUGGAAAGCGUAUUUAGGCCAGACAGUUACAUUGCUGCCGACGGACAGAAGAGAUAUGUCAUCAGAGGCCUCAAGUUGAGACCCGCCAUCGAACGUGAUGCUGUUCUUGAUGACAUGUUCCGAGCACCUGAGUCUACCACAUCCGUGGCUGCACCUUCGACUCCUCAUCAGUUGGCCAACGCUACCAACAGCCUCAAUACGGGCAACAGUGCGAAUCAUCAUCAAGUUCAUCAAACCCAGCCAGUCCCCCCACCGCUCCCGGCUGCGCGGUCGGCAGACUUACUCGAUGAGACUGACAUAUUGAAGAUCGUUUCCUUUCCGGAACCUUAUCGAACGCGUUUAUGGAUCGCCUCGCUCUUUGAACCUGAUCCUACGAGCAAUCCCGGCCCCGGUGGCGGCGGAGUAGAACAAGUCACCCUUUGGCAACUUUAUCAAAAACAACUUACACAAUAUGUUGUCGAGGGCGCCCCCAGCGAUAAAUUUGUUCCUCCAUUGGCUCCCGCUACAGAGGUCAUCAAAGCGGUUCAAGAUGUCUUUCCUGAAGGACGAGUCGUAGUUCGACUAGAAGAUGGUAAAACACACUACAUGAUUAUUGGCAUCAAACUGCGUCCAAGCAAUUUCCGAUCCCCUGCCCUUAAAAAUUUGCUCAGUAUCACAGCUACCAAGAUACCUAACAAUACUACCCACAACGGAUCAGUCGCAAGUUCACCUCAAACUGAUGCUGUGGCUCCACAAUUGAUCUCUAAAGUUGAUUCACUCGUCAAAACUGUCGAGGAACUCCAAAGUGUGAUUAAGAAGCAAGAAUCAACAAUCAGACAAGAGCUUGCGUGGAGCGCCACCAGGCAAAUCAACCUUCGCACUUCGGAUACCCGCACCUCAGUAUUGCGUCCGCUUUCUAUUGCCCCUCCUCAGAGCACGCCAACAUUUCCUGUCGAUUUCCCGAAGACCGUGGAAGAAGCACAAAAUCUCGACCAUACGCAAUGUGUCGCACUUCUAGAAAGAUAUGGGCAAUCUAAUCUGAUCAUUGAAGGAAACGAGGAUAAAACUCGGACUGGGUUAUUAGAAUUCAUUGGUUGUGUCCCCCAAGAGUCGGCUUCAGCUGAAACUCACGCUUCCUCAGCCAGCGAUGCUCAAUGGCUCUUCAAAGGUACCGGAUUUUUCUACACAACCACGAAAGUAAGGACGGCGGAACGAAAGAUCGCCCGGAUGAAGUACGACCCGCGAGGUAUGACUCAUCGAGCCUUGUUCUGA